CGCCCCUUUUCCGCGGAGCUGUCCAGCACAGCAGAGCCUGUAAAUACCGGCACACGGCGCCGCAGCGCUCACUCCGGCUGCAUGUGGGAGACGCUACUCACGCUGGGGAAAGUUUUCAUUAAAAUGCCACUCAUACAGACGCAUCUUUCUGAUCGCUUUUAGGACAGCAAAUGACUUAUAAACACCACAGCUUAUAAUGUUGAACCGAUGCUGUACUAUUCCCUGAAUCACUCGUCCUGGUGAAACUUUUCAGAAAAUAUGAUCUGGGGUAUUUUGAUAUCAUGUUUUUUAACUUGCGUCUUUGGAAAUAAAACGGAGGAUCGGGUGCCUUUCUUCCACGGGCAUGUUUUUGAGAACUCGCCGGUGGGGUCUAAGGUGAACGGACUGAGCAUCCCGGUAAAAAGGACUGACGCGCAGAGCCGGUGCCCUAAGACGGCCAUGCACCUGAAGGUCCUGGGGGAAGGCAGCGAAGACUUUCACGUCCUUGCCCACCACAAACGCGGCCACAUUUUGCUGAAGACCUCCAGGAUCUUGGACAGGGAGAAACGGUCUGAGUACCUGCUGCGCGUCUGCUUAUGCUGCCAAAGUUGCGAGCCGACGGACUGCGCGGUGUCCGAAGUUGCCCUUGUUAAGGUGGACGUGCUGGACACCAACGACCAUGAGCCGACUUUUCGCGAUGAAGGUGUGAAGAUCACUCUGGACGAUGUCACCGCCCUGCGGUCCGUGGUGUACAAAGUUGCGGCAGAAGAUGGUGACAGUGGCAAGAAUGGAGAAAUUGUUUAUUUCUCUAAUCCAAAGAACGGCAGUUUCUACGUGGUUCCAAAAACUGGGGAUGUCCUGCUGGUGGACUCCAUUCUCGGCGUGUCGAAGCCGAUUACAUUCAAUGUUUUCGCAAAAGACCAUGGCUGGCCCUGCCGCACCAGUCGGAAUUUGGAGAUCCAGAUAUACCCGAAGCAAUGGUCAACUAUCACACUGGGAAAACUUGGCAGCAGCUUCUCUCGGAAGUCCAGGUCCUUGCUGGAGCCGGACGAUCCCAUCGUUAUCAGGGUGUCGGAAGAUGCUAGCAUCGGUUCGGUUGUGAUGAACCUGAACCCAGUGAGAUUUCCGACUGCCACCUUUGAGCUGGUGUUUCCAGCCCCGGAAAACUCCCCGGUCAGCGUGAGUCGGGACAGCGGGGAAAUCGUCAUUGUCAGGCGCCUCGACAGGGAAACGGAGCCCAGGGUGGAUAUUACUGUUAAAAUUCAAGAUAAGCGAGGUUCAGACUGGUACCUGGCCAGAGUGGAACUGCUGGUCACAGAUGUGAAUGACAAUGCCCCAGAGUGGACCAUGGUCCCCUCCCCUUACCUGGCUGUGGUGUCUCCUGAAGCCCCAGCUGGGACCCUUGUGUACAAGCUCCACGCCCGUGAUGGAGAUGAGGGAAGCAAUGGAGAGGUGGAGUAUUUCCUGUCUGACGGUGGGGAUGGACGGUUUGAUGUGGACCGGAAGAGUGGCCACGUUCGGACGACGGGGUUGCCCCUGCAGAAGGACAGGGAGUACCUGCUCAACGUGGUUGCCACUGACAAGCUGGGCAGCCGUGGCCCUCCCGCCGUGGUGUCGGUGGUGGCCGGGCCCAGGGCGCCCCAGUUCACCAAUGCCUCCUUCUCCAUCUCCAUCCCGGAGAACAUUUCGGAAGGGCAGCCCUUCCUGGUGGCCCUUGCCUUGUCCUUCCAGAAGCAGCCAAUCAGCUACAGCUUGCUCAUCAAUCCCAGCAGCCUGUUCUCCAUCCAGCAGGAGACGGGCGAGAUCAGCCUCACCCGUGUCCUCGACUAUGAGAGUGACCAGCACCGCUACCUGCUGCUGGUCCGGGCCAGCGAGAGUCAAGACAGCCUGAGCAGCGCCGCUGAGGUGCGAGUGGUCAUUACAGAUGUGAACGACUGCAUCCCAGAAUUCCUGCAGUCCAUUUACAGCAAAGACGGCAUCCCAGAGACGGUAACAACAGCAACCUCUCUGCUUCAAGUGUCAGCCAGCGACUGUGACUCGGGCCCCAACGCCGAGCUCACCUACCACACACUGAGCCCAGAUUUCAGCAUCUCGCCACAUGGCACCAUUUUCCCCGCCCGCCCACUGGACUACGAGCGGCCCAACCAUCUCUACGAGUUUGUGGUGAUGGCCGUGGACAGGGGGGAAGCACCGCGCACAGGGACCGCCACCGUGCGCGUGCGCGUGGCCAAUGUCAAUGACGAGGCCCCCGAGUUCUCUCAGCCUGUCUACCGGACAUUUGUCUCCGAGGACGCCGGCCCAAACACACUCGUCGCCACAGUGCUGGCCAAAGACCCUGAUGGAGACGGAAUCACCUACAAAAUCACAUCAGGCAACAACGAUGGAAACUUCGUCAUUGACAGUCAGAAAGGACUGAUUCGCCUACGCUCGAGCCCACCCCCAAGACUGCAGGGUGUGGAGUACGUCCUCAAUGUCACGGCGACGGAUGACAAUGCAUCAGGUGGGCCUCACUCUCUCUUUGGAACUGCCCAGGUCAUUGUGGGCAUUGACGACGUCAACAACAACAAGCCCGUAUUUGAGAAGUGCCAGCAGUACAGGGAGCAGAGCUCGGUUCUGGAGAACCAGCCUGUGGGCACCUUUGUGCUGCAGGUCCACGCAGUUGAUGCGGAUGAGGGCUCCAACGGGAUGGUGAAGUAUGGCUUCAUGCAUAAAGACAGCACCGUGCCCGCCUUCAGCAUCCAUCCUGACACAGGCGUUAUUGUCACCGCGCGGAAGUUUGACCGCGAGCGGCAGAGGGAAUAUGUAGUCACAGUGACCGCCACGGACCAGGCGGCUGAGCCGCUCAUUGGGAUCUGCCAGCUCAACAUCUUCAUUCUGGACGAGAACGACAACAGUCCCAAAUUCGAGAACCUGCGUUACGAGUACUUCCUGCGGGAGGAUACGAUGAUCGGCACCAGUUUCCUACGUGUAGCAGCGCAUGACGAUGACCACGGCACCAAUGCAGCUAUCACAUACUCGAUGUCCAAGGAGCAGCCGGAGUACCUGAGAGUGAACCCUAUCACGGGCUGGGUCUUCGUCAACCAGCCCAUCUCUCAGAGGUCCUACAUCACCCGGGAGAUAAUGGCCACGGACGGGGGCAACCGCAGCAGUGCCGUGGAGCUGGCUGUCACCAUCACCAACGUGAAGAACCAGCCGCCACAGUGGGAGAGGGACAGCUACGAGGUGGUCAUCCCAGAGAACACCAUGAGGGACACCCCCAUCGUGAACAUCAAGGCCACGUCCCCACUGGGUGACCCCCGUGUGACUUACAACCUGGAGGACGGCAUGGUACCGGAGACCAACAUGCCAGUGCGCUUCUACCUGACGCCCAACCGCGAUGACGGCUCUGCUUCCAUCCUGGUGGCUGAACCCCUAGACUAUGAGACCACGCGGCACUUUACGCUCAGGGUCCGUGCCCAGAACGUGGCUGCCGUUCCCCUGGCAGCCUUUACCACUGUCUCCGUCAACAUCACGGAUGUCAACGACAACGUACCAUUCUUCACCUCCUCAAUUUACGAGGCCAUGGUGACAGAGGGGGCAGAUAUCGGGACUCUGGUCCUCCAGGUGUUCUCCACGGACCUGGACCUGGGCCUCAACGGGAAGAUUUCCUAUUCCCUGCUGAAGGACCGCAGCGGAGACCACCGCUUCUUCCGCAUCGAUCCGGAGACGGGCUCCAUCUAUACGGAGGUGGUGUUUGAUCGCGAGACCAAGGGCUCCUACUUGCUGGAGGUGAAGUCGACAGAUGGGUGGGAAUCGGCCAGACCGGGGAGGCACGGCCAGCCCAACUCUGACACGGCGUACGUGCGCAUUUUCAUCAGCGACGUCAAUGAUAACAAGCCCGUCUUCACGCAGAGUGUCUACGAAGUCAGCGCUGAUGAGGACGCUGAUGUCGGCUUCGCUGUUGUCACUGUCAGCGCCCACGACGACGAUGAAGGGGCCAAUGCCAAGCUCCGCUACCAGAUCACCUCAGGAAACAUGGGCGGCGUCUUCGACGUGGAGCCCGAGGUGGGCACCAUCUUCGUGGCCCAGCGGCUGGAUUAUGAACAGGUUCGGAAGUACCGGCUGCGGCUUCUGGCCUCCGACGGCAAGUGGGAGGACUACUCCAUGGUGGUAGUCAAUGUGGUCAACAAGAACGAUGAGGCCCCCGUCUUCUCAGUGAACGAGUACUACGGCAGUGUGACAGAGGAGUUGGACGGCUCGCCCGUCUUCGUGCUGCAGGUGACGGCGACUGACCCAGAUAAAGAUGCAUCCCAGGAGGCACUGCGCUACUCGCUGCAUGGCCAAGGUGCCGACAGCGAAUUUGUAAUCGAUGAGGUGACAGGCAAGAUUUAUGCCCAGAAGACCUUAAACCGCGAGGAUCGAGCCGUGUGGCGCUUUGUGGUGCUGGCCACAGAUGAGGGUGGGGAGGGGCUCACAGGAUUUACCGACGUCAUCAUAAAUGUUUGGGACAUCAACGACAAUGCACCCGACUUUACCUGCAUGCCUGACAGCUGCCAUGGCCAGGUACCAGAAAACUCCCCCCCUAAUACUUCUGUCAUGGAGAUGAGUGCCACAGACCUGGAUGAUACUGCUGUGGGCCAGAAUGCUGUGUUGACCUACAGAAUUGUGGGUAAUGCCCAUGGCGGCCCUGGCUCUGAGCUCUUUUACAUCAACCCCAACACAGGCACCAUCUACGUGGCACGUGUUGAGUUGGACAGGGAACGGGUGGACAGGUACCACCUAGUGGUGGAGGCCCGAGACGGCGGAGGGAUGGUGGGCACGGGCACGGCGACCAUUCUUGUUACUGAUGUCAACGACCACGCACCUAGGUUCAUGGAGAACACCUGCCGGGCCCGUAUCUCCGAGAGUAGUGAGGUGGACUCAGCUGUGCUCGAGUUGUCAGCCACGGACGCCGAUGUCGGGGAAAACGCCCAUGUGACUUUCAGUGUGGUUGCUGGAGACCUGGACCAGAAGUUCUAUGUGGUGAGCCGGCGGCAGGAGCGGCGUGCCACACUGCGGCUGAAGAAGAAGCUCGACUACGAGAAGAGCAGCGAGCAGCGCUUCAACAUCACGCUCAAGGCGGAGGACCUGGACUUCUUCAGCCUCAUCCACUGCAUCAUUGACGUGGACGACCACAACGACCACGCCCCUGUGUUCAUCCCCCACUUUCAUCUCCUCCCUCCGCUGCCUGAGGAUGUGUUGGUGGGCAGCAGCGUCACCAAGGUCACCGCCAGUGACUCCGAUUCAGGUCCAAAUCAGGAGAUCAUGUACAGCAUCCUGCCGGAUUCAGAUCCUUAUGGGCAGUUUUCCGUGGAUCAGACCGGCCUUAUCACCAUCGUCAAUGCCCUGGACCGGGAAUUGGUGGCGCAGCACUGCCUAGUGAUUUUGGCCACCGAUAAAGGCAUCCCGGCACAGACGGGCAGCGCCACAGUCCAGAUGAGUCUUCUGGACAUCAACGACAACGGGCCGGAGUUUGAGGCAGGCUACGCGCCCAUGGUGUGGGAAAACGUGCCCGGCCCCCAGGUUGUGCGCCUGAACCAGAGUUCCACACUGUUGCACGCAGUAGACCGUGAUUCUGUGGAGAAUGGAGCCCCCUUCUCUUUUGCCGUGCCUCCAGAUCACCCUGCCCGCCGCGACUUCCGCCUGCUGGACAACGGCAACAGCACGGCCACAAUAACGGCCCUCCACACCUUUGACCGCGAGAGGCAGAAGGAGUUUUACCUGCCCAUCAUCAUGACGGACAGUGGCCGGCCUCCAAUGAGUGUUACCCACACGCUAACCAUCACCAUUGGUGAUGAGAAUGACCAUGCCCACCAGGCGGGAACCAAGGAAGUCUACAUCAACAGUCACCAAGGAAAGAUGCCAACAACCAUCUUGGGCAAAGUCUAUGCUCCAGACCCGGAUGACUGGGAUAAUAAGACUUAUACCUUUGAGGGACAUGUACCAAAUUUCUUCAUUCUGAACAAAAGGACAGGCUUCCUCAUCAUCAGGGAGAGCACCCCGCUGGGCAGAUACGAGUUCAAGGUGCGGGUGUCGGACGGGGUCUGGCCAGAUGUGGUGUCCAGUGUAGCUGUACAUGUGAAGGAGCUGAAGGAUGAGGCUGUUUACAAGUCAGCCUCACUGCGUCUGGCAGGUAUCACCGCUACCGAGUUCAUUGACCAUCGAGUGGGUGGAAGAAGCCGUUUUGAGAUGUUGGGGGACUUCCUGUCUGAGAUGCUGUCUGUCAGGCCGGAGAACCUCAACAUCUUUAGCUUGACGGAGCCCCGGGUGAGGAUGUUGGAUGUGCGUGUUGCCAUGCAGGGCGCCCCCUUCCUGAGGCCGGAGAAACUGCAUGGGUACCUGGCCGCACACAAGCAGAAGCUGCAGUCGUACCUCCAGGUGAACAUCAGCCAGGUGCACGUGGAUGAGUGCGCAGACGUGGACUGCGCUGGCAGGGGUGGAUGUGCCGAUCAGCUGACCAUCAGCGAUGCACCCGUUGUGGUGGAUUCUGGAAGCGUGUCGCUGGUAUCUGUCACGGUGACAGCAACUCCCGUGUGUGGCUGCCUGGCAAGGGAGCACAUGCACCAAUCGUGUGCCUCCUAUCCGUGGAACCCCUGUCUCAAUGGAGGACAAUGCAUAGAAACCCAGAGUGGGUACAGAUGCCAGUGCCCACCGCAGUAUGAGGGUCCAGAAUGCCAGCAGACCAAGCACAGUUUCCAUGGCAACGGCUACGCUUGGUUUCCUCCCAUAAGGCCAUGCUUCGAGAGCCACCUUUCCCUGGAGUUCAUUACGGAAGUCUCUGACGGGUUGCUGCUGUAUGCCGGCCCCAUGGCACAGUUGCAGGCCUGGGACCCCGAGGACUUCAUAGCCAUAGAGCUCAUUAACGGCACGCCAACGCUGAAGAUAAACCACGGCUCUGGCACGCUGGUGCUGCGGUUGCCUGGCAACGUGAACACGGCAGACCGACGGUGGCACCGGCUGGACGUGAGAAGCGACGGCAAGGAAGUGCGCUUCACGUUGGACCGCUGCACCAGUGGUAAUAUCCUGGAGAUGGAGAGUGUCAGCAACUGGGUAAUGACCAAGGACCUCUCAGCCUGUGAAGUCAGUGGGGUGACGCCCAACCUGGACAGGUACCUGAACCUGACACAGGUGCUGCAGCUGGGCGGAGUCAAUGAGAACCUGCCCUACAUCUAUCCCCAGCUUCAACACAAACACUUCACUGGAUGCAUCCGUAACCUUGUGGUGGACAGCAAGUUUUACAACCUGGGCUCCCCUGCGGACUCCCAGGGCAGCGCCCCUGGCUGCCUGCUGACGGAUGGUAACUGUCUGACCAUGGGGUACCCAUCCUGUGGUCCCAGGGGGCGCUGCCAAGGCGAAUGGGGCUCCUUCAGCUGCCAGUGCGUCCCUGGGUACAGCGGGCACCAGUGUGAGCACGAGGUACCCGCCUACUCUUUCGACAGCGAGAGCCACACCCACCUGCAGCUGGCAUUGCCACUCCCCGUCCGCCGGACCCAGGUGCAGGUGCUGGUGCGAACCCGCAAGCCCAGUGGUACAAUCCUCAGCCUGGCCUCUGCAGGCCAGCGGGAGUACCUGCGGCUGGAGAUCAUUCAGGGCCUCCUGGUCACCUGCUAUAGCCUCAGUGACGGAGAACAUGGCCUGACCCUGCAGUCCCAUCGCAUUGACGACGGCGAGUGGCACGAUGUGCAGCUGGAUCGCCACGACAACGAGUUCACACUGCGGCUAGAUGGGGGUGGUGGCCGGCGGGAGGUCACCGCUCUACUGGGCCAGAACUGGGAGGACGCUGGUGACCCCAUGGCUGUGCUGGUGGGGAACAAGAGCUUUCUGGGAUGCAUACGGGACUUGAGACUGAAUGGGCGUCAUGUUCCACUGGACGGCCGUUCCAGUGAGGCGGUGUCUCUGCUGGGCUCCCAGGGUGUCAGCCACGGCUGCUCGUCCGACUCCUGCAGGGGGCACCAGUGCAGCCCCCCCCUCACCUGCGUGGACUUGUGGCGGAUCCACGAGUGCAGGUGUCCCGUGGGUCACAUGGCCCGGGAGAAUGCCACGGGCAAGGUCUGCAUCUACACGCUGUGCGCCAGCCAGCCAUGCCGGCGGGGCACCUGCGUGGCGCACUCCCCCACCCAGUUCACCUGUCACUGCCCUGAGGGCUACAGGGGGCGCCGCUGUGAGGUCACACUGGCCGUCUACCGAGACGACCUGGGACUCAGCUUCAGCUCCAUGUUCGCCAUCUCUAUCUGCUUCCUGGCGCUCCUAGUGCUGCUGUUGGGCAUAUUCCUCUGGACACGCUGGAGGUCCUACAAGGGCCUGAAAGAGGGUGUCUACCAUGUGUCGGCACAUCAUGAUGGCUGGGAGGACAUCCGGGAAAAUGUGCUCAACUACGACGAGGAAGGUGGCGGGGAGGAGGACCAGAAUGCUUAUGACAUGGCGGAGCUGCAGAAGUCUCUUCAACCCAGCCCGGCUCAGUCCGUACAGUACAGCCGGUGUCGAGGGGGCCACCACCCCCCUGCCGGUCAGCAGGAUCCCGGGAAGAGCGACAGCAGCUGCAGUAGCACUUUGGUGCGACGGGACGUCCCCCCUGCGAGACCCCCGCCCCAGGCCCAGCCCAGUCUGCCGGGCCGCCGCAGCCUGUCCUUCUCCAGCCAGGAUCUGGCGCGCUACCUGUGCGAGGUGAUCCGCGAUGCCGACCAGCGACCAGAGGCGGCACCCUUCGACUCGCUGCGGGUCUUCGCCACCGAGGGCGGCGGCUCCCCAGCCGGCUCGCUCAGCUCCUUCGGCUCGGCCGGGCCGGAUGAGGACAAGGUGCAGGAGUGCCUUAAGGAAUGGGGGCCGCGCUUCGAGAAGCUGCGGGCGCUAUACGAGCGUGCUGAGUCUAGCGACCUCUGAGCGGGACACUGGGACUGACCCACCCAAAGAGGACUGACCAGGAGUGAGCCAGGAAAACCAUAGGUGAGCCACACUGCUCUGCCCCGUCCUGCCUGCCUGGGCCUCAAGGUCGCCUGGUGCUCUGCCACUUUAGCCACGGGUUUGCCCUGCAUCAGGAACUUGCUUGCCGGUGUCAGGUCCGGAUCAGGCCCAGUGCAGGUCUACGCGGGACCAGAUGCUGCUUUUUCCUGCGGCAGCCUGCAGGCUUCUUUGAUCCUGGCGCAACAAUAUUUCCUUAACGAUUGACCAUGUGACCCAUGGAUUCUUUGAUACAAGUGCAACGAUGUUUCCUUAACACCUGGUCACGUGACCUUUGGGCUUCUUUGACCCCGGUGCGACAGUGUUUCUUUAACGAUUGAUCACGUGACCCACGUGCGUCGUUUAGUACAGUACAUGCUGUUACAUGUGUAUAAUCAAUGUACAGUUGUCACGUAAGGUUUUAGAGUCUUCACGUUUAAUGGUGAGGGAUGGGUUCAGUUGGAAAACUAAUAAAUGAGCCAUUGGUGUAAAAAAAAAUUAAAAAAUAAAAGUGAAAUUGCAUUCCAAAGACUGGCACCAGUUGUGUACUUCAAAAAGAAUUUCUCUGGGUGUAUAAAGUGCCCUAGCAUGAAAACACAUGAUGAAUGUUUCUUUAUUCAGUGAUCGUCCAUGGAGGGCCAGGCAAAACUGUUUACAAGCUAUUAAAUGACCAGUCUGGGUUAAAUUUAGUCUGUCAGUAGGGUAAGUAAGGGGUAAAACACUAUUUCAACUGGAUCUCACCCUGAAUGGUGAUGAUGGGGUGGGAUUGUAAUUUUAUUUUAUUGAGCAUUUAAAGGCACUUAAAAUAUUAUAUAUUACUCUUCUAAAAAUAUGACCUUUAUAGGAACUGCCAUUCUUUUGUAUAAAACUAAGAUUUUAUCCUUGCAAAAGAAAAUGUAAAAGAUCCUUGCAGUCAUGUUAAUUCCAGCUGGUGCCUGAAGAAUGGCCAUUAGAGUCAUGGGUGAAAUUAUAAAUGGAGAGAUUUUAUUUUUCUUCAUUCCGUAUUAGGCAAAGAAGGACCAUGAAUCCGAUUCCGUAUUUUACUUUAAUGUGCUCAUGCGAGUGUGAUUAUACCAUGCUGCCAGACUGCAUGGAGAGCGAGGAA